AUGAGAAGUGGCACAGCAGGUUAAAAGGAACAGAGACUCACUUGGGCUAAUUUGCGUGCAAACACAAACAGCAUGGAAAAGCCACUUUUGGGCAGCUUCAAAGAAGCCGAGUACCAAACAGCAGAAAGCAGGUGCAUCUGUUUCAAUUCCAUGGGCAAAAUGAUGAUGAAUUCUUGGAAGGAUUUACUAGAUUUUGCAGUAAAUGCAUGGCAAAUGGGCCGUUCUGAUCCCAGGAAAGUCAUCUUUGCAAUAAAAAUGGGACUGGCAUUGUCCACGGUUUCCUUGCUAAUAUUUUGGAAAAAGUCGUAUCGCGACGUUAGUCAGUACUCAAUCUGGGCUAUCCUCACUGUCAUUGUGAUGUUCGAAUUCAGCAUCGGAGGGACUUUCAUCAAAGGAUUUAACCGCGGGCUGGGGACGUUGUUUGCUGGAAUGCUUGCAUUCUGCUUUGCUGAGUUAUCUUUGCUGGCUGCAAAAUUGGAGGAAGUUGUGAUUGUCAUAAGCAUAUUUAUCGUUGGAUUUUUUGCAUCUUACUUGAAGCUGUACCCAACAAUGAAGCCCUACGAGUACGGCUUUCGGGUUUUCGUGUUGACAUACUGCAUCCUAAUGGUUGCCGGGAACAGAACAAGGGAGUACAGUGAGGCAGUUGUGACUCGACUGGUUCUUAUUGGAGUGGGAGCAGCUGUUUGUUUAGUUGUUAACAUAUGCAUAUAUCCGAUAUGGUCGGGAGAGGAUCUGCAUAACUUGGUGGUGAAGAAUUUCAGGGGAGUUGCUACUUCAUUAGAAGGCUGCGUUAACGGGUACCUAAAUUGUGUCGAAUAUGAGAGGAUCCCAUCACGAAUUCUUACAUACCAAGCCGCAGAUGAUCCACUGUACAAGGGCUAUCGGUCCGUGGUAGAAUCUACGAGCCAAGAAGAAACUCUGUUGGGAUUUGCAAUCUGGGAACCACCUCAUGGGCGUUACAGAAUGUUCAAUUAUCCUUGGACAAAUUUUGUGAAAUUAAAUGGUGCAUUGAAGCAUUGUGCUUUUAUGGUCAUGGCUCUACAUGGAUGCAUUCUUUCCGAAAUACAGGCACCAGCAGAAAAGAGGCAGGUUUUUUGCGAUGAGCUCCAGCGGGUUGGAGCUGAAGGUGCCAAAGUUUUGCGAGAACUCGCCAAGAAAGUGGAGAAGAUGGAAAAAUUAGGCUCCGGAGACAUACUCAAAGACGUGCAACGGGCAGCAGAGGAAUUGCAGAAGAAGAUAGACCGGAGAUCAUAUCUUCUGGUCAAUUCGGAGAGUUGGGAAAUUAGUGCACCACAAAAUGCUUCAUCAGAGGACAUGCUUGGGGACCAAGCAUCUCUGCUCUUGCCUCUCUCAUUCAGUGGUGGUGAUGGAGUGAUGAAGGAAUAUAACCGUGGAACGUAUGAAAGCGCAAGCGCCUUGUCCUUGGCCACGUUUGCUUCGCUGCUGAUUGAGUUUGUUGCCCGGCUUCAAAAUGUGGUUGACAAGUUCCAAGAGCUCGGUGAGAAAGCAGACUUUAAGGCGUUUGUGCCGGAUACACCGCCUGCAGAGAAGAAAUCUGGGACUUGGCCCUGGCAGUGGCGGAUUUGGUGUUUCGGGUAUAGAAGUGUUAUGAAUGAAACCAGGGAUGGUCGGGUGUAGGUAAAGAUAUGCCGAAACUGCUAUGCUAGAGUUUCUAACACCCACAACACCUUCAACCUCCUGGAAACCUUGUGGGAAUUAGUGAUGUUCGAACCACUCUAACGAAAGAUUUGCUUGUUACGCUA